AUGCCUUCCUCAAAGGGAUACGAGGCAUCGUGGCCCUUAAUAUUACUCUUGUGCAUCGCAACGGCUACUCCGGGCCUCAGCCAGAACACCAAUUCGACAGACCUGCUGCCAGGUCUGGUUCCGGAUUGUGCGUUCCCUUGCCUCGCCAAUGCCUUGCAGCAGGGUGGAUGCGGCAUCGCCGAUCUGGCAGAUUGCGUCUGCACCGACAUCCCACUACAAGCAAACGUCUCCGCCUGUGUCCAACUAUCAUGCCCCUUCAACGACCAAGUUGAGGUGGGGAGGGUUUCGAAUAACCUGUGCAUCGACUAUCCCAAAGAGUCUCGCAGCGGCCAGGUCAGGGUGACUGGUACUGCUAGCGCCGCCAUUACCUUUACCAUUGUCGCCUUGCGCUGCGUGGCAAGGUUGAUGAGAACAAAGAGACUAUGGUGGGAUGAUUGGAUGGCCGUCAUUGCUACGUCCUCGCCAGGUGCACGGCUUGGGUUUGGCCGCCACUAUUGGAAUGUAGACCCAGCGAAAGGGGAGAUGUUCUACGCCACCCAGAUGCUCUAUGUCCUCAUCCAAGUCUCGGCCAAGGGAUCGCUGCUAGCCUUCUACGCGCGUGUUUUUACAAGUCGCAAGUUCCGGCUCUGGACCUGGAUUACUGUCGGAUUUCUCGUAGGUCACGGGGCCAUCUUCUUGGGCCUCGUCAUAUUCCAAUGCCGUCCCAUCGCCUCCAUCUGGGAUCGGAAUCUGGAGCCAAAGUGCAUCAAUCUCCCCGCGUUGGGCUACGCCGGUGCAAUUACCAGCAUCGUCGAGGAUAUUGUGAUCCUUAUCCUCCCUAUCCCGGAGCUCCUGAAGCUGCAGUUGAACCGCGGGAAGAAGAUCGCCCUGUUGCUCAUGUUCAGCAUUGGAUCCUUCGCAUGCGUGACAAGCAUGAUCCGUCUCAAGUACAUUGUUGACUUUGGAAACACGCUCGAUGCUGCAUGGGACAAUGUCUACGUCGUGAUAUGGUCCAUCAUCGAGCUCUCAUGCGCUUUGAUCUGCGCCAGCUUACCAGCAUUACGCCCGCUCCUGCAAAUGAUACCCGGCGUUCUGAGCAGCACAAAGGCGUCGACCUUCAAGGGUCCAUCGAGCCGUAGUGGCCCGGGCCACCGAGGAUCCCUUCCGCCUCGUAGUGCGUCAGCUCGAGCGUUCAAAGAACUUCCCGAUCUGCCCGUUGAGCGCUCCCAGGGUCAUCCCGACAAGCGCAUGUCUAAGCGAGGCGCGUAUCCGGACGCGGACUAUAGUAGUCGAGAUGAGGAGUUUGAAAUGCACUCGGUAACAAAAGAAAGGUUUGUUGUAUAGUACGGUAUAUGAGUAAUAUGUGGUAUGGGAUGUACGUUAUUGUCAUGUAGGGUUACAUGUGUGAGCAUGUACGUUUUUAGAGCUCCGUGAGCAGAGCAGGACGGGAUGCCUUCAAUGGCGAUGGACUG